AGCUGCUACUAGUAAAGAGCCCCCUAAUCUCUACAUGUUUACUUGAGAGAAUGUAAUUCAUGGACAAAUACACAACCUGGAUGAUUAGUGUCAUGCAACAACAACCAGAAAUACAAAGAAAAAAAGUACACUUUUUCCCACUCAACACAAACCAUGCCGCCAAAGAACAAGAACAAGAGCAAAGCAAAGAGAGGAUGGCAGGAUGCUGCCCGCGAAGCCCAGGAACACCGUGACGCAUCCAUCAGCCACGCCCUGGCUAACACUAUCGAACAAGACGUCGCAGCUCGCAUCACAGCGCUGGACCCGACGUCGAUCGCGCGCAUGACGGCCGCCGGAGAGCUGUCAGCGGUGCAGGUGGUGUCGGCGUUUCUGCGCCAAGCAGCCACGGCGCAGCAGGCGACCAACUGCAUCACGGAGCUGCUCGGGGCGCGGGCGCUGCGUCGAGCCCAGACACUAGACGCCUCGCCUCCUGCCGCAUCGCCAACGGCGCGGCCGCUGCUCGGCGUCCCCGUCAGCGUCAAGUCGCACAUCGGCAUCGCGGGCGGGCGCAUGGCGGCCGGGUACGCGGCGUGGUGGUUUGCGAACCCGCCGGCGCCGCGGGACGCGCUGGUCGUGCAGAUCCUCGAGCACGCGGGCGCCGUCGCGCACGCGCGGACCACGGAGCCGCAGAGCAUGAUGCAGCUCGAGUGCGCGAGCAACCUGUUCGGCGAGACGCGCAACCCGCACCGCGGCUCUGAGCUGUCGUCAGGCGGGUCGUCGGGCGGCGAGGCUGCGCUGCUGGCUCUCGGCGGCAGCGCGCUCGGCGUCGGUAGCGAUGUGGGUGGUAGUGUUCGCGUGCCGGCCGCCGCGUGCGGUAUCUUUGGGCUCAAGCCUACUGCGUUCCGCGUGCCGACCACGGGCUGGAGCUCGACGCCGCCCGGCGCGGAUCCCGUGCCGACCGUCGUCCGCCCCAUGUGCCGCACCAUCGAUGGCGUUGAGCUGUUCAUGGCUGUCAUGCUGGCCGCCGAGCCAUGGACCGUCGAGCCCGCGAUGGUGCCGCUGCCGUGGCGCUCGAUCGAUCUGCGUCUAUCAGACAGGCCGCUGAGGAUAGGAAUAGCGUGGCACGACGGCACGGUGCAGCCGCACCCUCCCAUCGCGCGCGCGCUAGCGCAGCUGGCCGCCACGGUGCGGGCACUGCCGGGCGUAGAAGUGGUCGAGUUCCCGCUGUACAACGCCGACGAGGCGUGGGCCAUCGCGUCAAGUCUGUACUUCACCGACGGCGGGGCGGCCGACGUGGCGGCCAUGGCGGCGUCUGGCGAGCCGCCGCUACCUCUCGUGGAUUGGAUUUUGCGGGAAAGCCCUGGCACCAAGGUCCUCACGCGUGAAGAGCUCGAGUACUGGCUCGAGGAGCGCGAGGAGUACCGCCUUGAGUAUGCGGACUACUGGAACCGCACCGGCCGCUGGGACGACGGGCUGGGCCGCUGGGCCGGCACCGUAGACGUGCUGGUUUGUCCGGUUGCUCCGGGGAUUGCCACGCGCCACGGCACUGCAAAGUACUGGGCCUACUCGGCCAUGUGGAAUCUUCUCGACUACCCGGCGCUGGCGUUUCCUGCCGGCACGGCGUCGAAGAAGGUGGAUGUCAAGGAGCAGCGCACGAGUUUCAUGAGCGAUCACGACAGGAGUAACUGGGAUUUAUACGAUGCUGAUUUGUUUGACAGAAUGUCGGUCGGCUUGCAAAUGGUCGGCCGGCGGUUCGAUGACGAGAAGGUCGUGGCAGUAUAUAGGUAUUUGAAGGAAUAGGGGUGCUUUGGGGGGUAACUAAUUCAUUCUUGUUAAUAGUCUGGCGCCGGG